AGCGCGCAGGGAGCAGCCGGGGGCUCGGCGGCGGCGGCGUCUGGCCCCAGCUCCUCCUCCUCCUCGUCCUCCUCCUCCUCCUCCUCCUCCAUCUCCUCGCUCCCUCCAUCGGCCGUGGGUAUGGCCCGUCGCAGGAGCACAAGAGAGUCUCCGCGGCGGGGGUCGGCGUGGCUCUUCCUCUUCCUCGCUGGGGUGUACGGAAAUGGUGCUCUUGCAGAACUUUCUGAAAAUGUGCAUAUUUCAGGAGUGUCAACUGCUUGUGGAGAGACUCCAGAACAAAUCCGAGCGCCAAGCGGAAUAAUCACGAGUCCAGGCUGGCCCUCAGACUAUCCUGCAAAAAUCAACUGUAGCUGGCUCAUACGUGCAAACCCAGGGGAAAUCAUUACCAUAAGUUUUCAGGAUUUUGAUAUCCAGGGAUCCAGAAGAUGCACUUUGGACUGGUUGACCAUAGAAACAUAUAAGAAUAUUGAAAGUUACAGAGCUUGUGGGUCCACAAUUCCGCCUCCGUAUAUCUCUUCACAAGACCACGUUUGGAUUAGGUUCCAUUCGGAUGACAGUGUGUCCAGGAAGGGCUUCAGAUUGGCGUAUUUUUCAGGGAAAUCUGAGGAGCCAAAUUGUGCCUGUGAUCAGUUCCGUUGUGGUAAUGGAAAGUGUAUUCCAGAAGCCUGGAAAUGUAAUAGCAUGGAUGAGUGUGGAGAUAGUUCUGAUGAGGAGGUCUGUGCCAAAGAUGCUAACCCCCCAACAGCUGCCGCUUUCCAGCCCUGUGCCUACAGCCAGUUCCAGUGUCUGUCUCGCUUCACCAAGGUUUACACUUGCCUCCCCGAGGCCUUGAAGUGUGAUGGGAACAUUGACUGCCUGGACCUAGGAGAUGAGAUCGACUGUGAGGUGCCGACGUGUGGACAGUGGUUAAAAUACUUUUACGGCACUUUCAAUUCUCCCAACUACCCAGACUUUUACCCUCCUGGAAGUAAUUGCACCUGGCUCAUAGACACGGGUGAUCAUCGGAAAGUCAUUUUACGCUUCACUGACUUUAAACUUGAUGGUACUGGUUAUGGUGAUUAUGUCAAAAUAUACGAUGGACUAGAGGAGAACCCACGCAAGCUUUUGCGUGUGUUAACUGCCUUUGAUUCUCAUGCACCGCUUACGGUCGUUUCUUCCUCUGGACAGAUCAGGGUGCAUUUUUGUGCUGACAAAGUGAACGCUGCCAGAGGGUUCAAUGCUACUUACCAAGUAGACGGCUUCUGCUUGCCGUGGGAGAUCCCCUGUGGGGGGAACUGGGGCUGUUACACAGAGCAGCAGCGGUGUGAUGGCUAUUGGCAUUGCCCAAACGGAAGGGAUGAAAUCAACUGUACCAUGUGCCAAAAGGAAGAAUUUCCGUGUUCUCGAAAUGGUGUCUGUUAUCCUCGUUCUGACCGCUGCAACUACCAAAAUCAUUGCCCAAACGGCUCUGAUGAAAAAAACUGCUUUUUUUGCCAGCCAGGGAACUUUCAUUGUAAAAACAACCGCUGUGUGUUUGAAAGCUGGGUGUGUGAUUCCCAGGAUGACUGCGGUGAUGGCAGUGAUGAGGAGAAUUGCCCAGUGAUCGUGCCUACCAGGGUCAUCACAGCGGCCGUCAUUGGGAGCCUCAUCUGCGGCCUGUUGCUCGUCAUUGCGCUGGGUUGCACUUGCAAGCUCUACUCUCUGAGAAUGUUCGAACGGAGAUCAUUUGAGACCCAGUUGUCCCGAGUGGAGGCAGAGUUGCUGCGGAGAGAGGCUCCCCCCUCAUACGGACAGCUGAUUGCCCAGGGCUUGAUCCCGCCAGUGGAAGAUUUCCCUGUCUGCUCACCUAACCAGGCUUCGGUUUUAGAAAACCUGAGGCUAGCUGUCCGAUCUCAGCUGGGAUUUACUUCAAUCAGGCUUCCUAUGACAGGCAGAUCCAGCAACAUUUGGAAUCGCAUUUUUAACUUUGCAAGAUCACGUCAUUCGGGUUCAUUGGCUUUGGUCUCAGCAGAUGGAGAGGAGGUUGUCCCUAAUCCGAGCAGCAGCAGAGAAAGUGAAAGGAGUCACCCUCACAGAAGCCUCUUUUCCGUGGAGUCUGAUGACACGGACACAGAGAAUGAGAGAAGGGACAUGGCAGGAGCAUCUGGUGGGGUUGCAGCUCCUUUGCCCCAGAAAGUCCCUCCCACAACAGCCGUAGAAGCCACAGUGGGAACAGGCGGGAAUUCCUCAGCUCAGAGUGCCCGAGGUGGUCACGCAGAUGGAAGGGAUGUGCCGGGUGUGGAAGCCCCAAGCGUGAGCCCAGCACGUCACCAGCUCACAAGUGCUUUCAGUCGGAUGACUCAGGGCCUGCGCUGGGUACGUUUUACAUUAGGUCGAUCAAGUUCUGCAAAUCAGAACCAGAGUCCUUUGAGACAGCUUGAUACCGGGGUGAGUGGAAGAGAAGAGGAUGAUGAUGUAGAAAUGCUAAUUCCAGUUUCUGACGGAGCUUCAGACAUUGAUGCCAGUGACUGCUCCAGACCUCUUCUUGAUCUUGCCUCAGACCAAGGACCAGGGUUUAGACAGCCGUACAGUGCAGCAAACCCCUCGGUCAGAACAAGUAACCGGGAUGGCCCCUGCGAGCGCUGUGGCAUUGUGCAUACUGCGCAGAUACCGGACACUUGCUUAGAAGCAACAGUGAAAAACGAGACGAGUGAUGAUGAGGCUUUGCUGCUGUGUUAGGACGGAAUCACCAGAGAGAUGGUGUACAAGCUGGAGCAAUAUCCAUUCAUUGUUUUGUAACUUCACAAUUAAACUAGUUUUAGUUUCAAAUGAAAGGUGCAGGGUGAUUUCUUACUCUGCGUUGGCCUGCAUGGUCAGACUGAACACCGCGUAACUCUGAGCUGCAGUUACUGGGUUAGCGGCUAGAAAUGCUUUAUGUGUUCGUAUUCUUCAGUCGUGUUCUUCCAUUUGUCUAUACUUGUUUUGUUUUUAUUUUUAAAUCAUGGUACUUUAGUAGUAGAAAUAUGGCUGCUUUAAUUCAUUUGAAUGUCAUUUUAUCUGUCUUAUGUUAAAAGGUUUCUUUGUACAAAAUAGUACCUUCUUUAAUUGAAUCCUUUAUGCUCUUUGCCACCAUGUAAUUUAUUAUACUGGACGCUAAGGAUGUUAAUGUACAAAAAAGAAAACAAAUCCUUAUAGUCACCUCUUUGUCUGCUACUGGAUUUCGUCAUACGGACCUCUCAAAGGAAAAAAAAUCUCCUCUUACGUUUAACACACAGUGAUGUAAAACUUAACAUAGAGUUAGAGAAAUUGCUGUCGGGAAACAAAACUCUUUUAUAGAUUUUCUAAAGCUGACUUUAAUACUCUAAUAUGGUACAAACCAAUUGGUAAAAUCCCAAGACAUUUCUGUUUUCAUCUCGAUUUAGGGACAGAAUUAAGCAGAUGGAGAUACUCUACUAUGCAUUAAAUUUUGAACUUUAUAAAAUAUGUGCAGAAAUUGUACACUCUCAGUCUCACCGGGUAACGUCUUUCUCUAGUACAGGGGUUUGCUCGAGUUGGACCCUAGGGAUUUGCACUAAGUCCUGUCAAGGUCUCAGGUGAGGUCAGCGCACGGGCGCUCUCACAUCAGAUGCUAUCGUUUGCUACCACAGUGACUAUAUAUUUCCAUAGCUUGGGGGGGGCACCAUUUUUAUUACAACUUGAAAUUGCUUUGCUGGUUUCAUAUUUAUUUGUUGUAUUUAAAAACUGCAUUAUUGUAAGAGUGAUUUUUCCAAGAUAUUUUAUUCUUGGGGGAGGGGGUCUCUGCUAUAAUCUUGGAGAAAAGCAAAUUUUAAAAAAUUGUUCAGCUUGCCCCCCUCUUUAAGUAGAGUGAAUUACAAACCCCAUUUUUUUAUUGUUAAUUCUUGUUUAUUUAUUCUUUAGCUGUCUGUUUUAGUAGCUUAAUGAUUGGGUAUGAAAACGUGUUUGUGUGUGAUUAUUGCUAUUUAUUACAUUUUGAAUACUUUGCUGAAUGUCAUUUUAAAGCAUGUUUGAGGUCUUGUGUAUCUGUCCUGUUAUGCCGUCAGGAAGACCUGACAAAAAUGUUUUAAUAUGUAUCAAGAAUUAAAAUAAAUUUUUUUAUUGCCUUGA